GUUUUUUUCUCUCUCUCUCUUCUCCUUGUUCCAUCAUCGUCCAAGUUAAAUACGUUCGAAGUCAAGUAUGAUAGGAAAUGUACAAUAAAUUUAUUUAUUUUAUCGAUGAUAAUUGCGGUUCUAUCAGGGCAUAUCUAUCAAAUGUAUUCGAAAGGAAAAUUCAACAAGAUAUAUCUGCAAACAAGUUGCACGAAUAGUUACUUCUUGACAAUUGGUGAAUAUACGUGAAAUGAAAUAAUUGGUUUGAUUCUAUCUCUGUUUCGCUUCAUCUAACGAAGCGAACUUAAAUUGCUUAUAACUUGAUAAAAUAAACAUCGAAUUGACAUUUCUUCGUAUACAUCAACUUCUACGUUUCAGUUUCUAAAAUCUGAAAGACGUCUCUUUAAAUAUCGUGCACGUAAAAUUGAAAAUUUUGGAAAAUCCUCACCAUUUUUGCUAAUUUAUCAGAAAUGAUUACAAUUUUUUACAAAAUUUUAACAAAACAACGAAACGAACGCUGUUGUGUUAGCUUGUAACAUAAGCUGCUCAUAAUUGCUUUAUUUUGCUCGAUACAAUUUAUUUGGGGCGUCGCAAAUACCCAAAAGGGAGGGCACGAUUUCGUACGCGCACGGUACGCACGCAACACGGUUAAAGGGAAUUAGAAUGAUCGUCGUUGCUCCAGAAAGGAGGUCUCUCCCUCGCUCGACCCACCCUCAAAGUCGGAGGAGACAAGUGGCACGGGUUGAAGUUGGGGGUCGAAGAAGAAAAAAACGCGAUACACAAAACCUCCUGCCCCCCCCUCUCUCUUUCUCAGUUCCAAUUGACACCAAAUCGGAAACGAAGUCGUCGGUUGUCCGCUGAAUUGGCCGCUUUUCAAACAUUAAACGAAUACACAAUGGGUUCCUGGUUGCAGAAACGGUACCAGACUCGGAUGGACGCCACAGAGUAGGCUCGUGGCAUCUCAAUUUCCAUUGAUGCUUUCGGGAUUGGCCAUUCACGUUACGCCUCUCCGUCCGUCACCGACGGGUACAGGCGUGAUUAGGCCCUUUUGUGACGUCUGCCCGAUGGAAUUGGAUAAUGGACGAUCCACCGAUUACGCGGCUAAGUGGAUCUAAGCGCUUUGAACACCGUGCUUCGGACACCGAUCCGGAGGGGUCCUCCUUCCAUCACGUGGCCGUCCACGUUUUCUCUCCAUUCUCUGUUGCAAUUUCUUUUCCUUUUCCUUUUCUUUUUUUUAUCUUUUUUGCGUCUUUUUCUUCGCACAAUCCAACCAGGCCUGGCCCUGGUUCGAAAGAGCGGAAGGUUGGACGACAGUUGGCCAACGACUACGUUGUGACACGGAUAUUGGGAUCGCGGUAUCAAGGUCAAACGUCAGCACGCCUUGGUAGGCUGCGGGUCGAAGUGGGUGAUAUUCGAAAAUACACGAAUUGCAUCGGUUAGAUCGUUGUCCACCGCAUGCAAGUGAGGACGUGUUGGAUAAGGAUCGCGAAGAGAACUAUGAGGUGGAUAGCGGCUAUCACUGGGCUCUUCCUGAUAUUCAUUUUUCCACAGGAUACCAAAGCUUUUUCUAGUAUACCAUGGAAAUCAAAACGAAGCAUAGAUCUGAACGACGUGUAUCUGUCGAAAGUAAGCCAGCGCAGAUUGCCAAGGGAAGUGGUGCCGACCAGCUACCACCUGGAACUUCAACCUUUUAUUGGGAACGAUAAAUUCAAAGGUCGAAUUAAGAUCAAUGUCACUUGGACAGAUACCAGCGACACAAUUAUUUUAAAUGCUCACCCACAUCUUGACAUCUCGGAUUAUAAUGUUAGGGCCACAGAGAUGUCGUUGGAGGAAAGGGAGAAAGGCUUGCCACUGAUGGAUGUGAACGUUGCGAGAAUCACUCGUCCUAAUUCAUGGCCAUCUUCUUACGCAAUUCAUCUCGAGCAGAUGCUAAAAAAGGGAAGUAGCUGCGAAGUAGAUCUCAUUUUCACCGGAAACCUUACCACCGAUGAGAGCAGCGGUUUCUUCAAAAACGAAUACAUCGACGCCAAUGGAAAGAAACAUCCCUUUGUGGCUACCAAUCUCAGAUUGGAUAGCGCGCAAACUGUCUUCCCUUGUAUGGAUGAACCUCCUUACAAAGCGACCUUCAAACUGAGCGUCUUGCGGCCGAAAAAUAUGAUUGCCCUUUCGAACACACCUCUCGAGAGCAGUACGGAAAUGGAUGGAGAGCCGGAUUUAAUCUGGGAUCAUUUCUCGAAAACACCGGAAAUAUCAACGUACCAAUUGGCUUUGAUAGUAUCGGACUUCGAGAGUAUCUCGCCCACACAGGAAAUCAAUGAAAUGGAUGGAAGAAAGCUCGAGAUUAAAGUGUGGGGUCGGAAGGAGUAUUUGGACUCUUUAAAGGACGUACCUGACAAAGUAGUCAGGAUUAUGAAUUAUUUACAAGAAUACUUCAACAGCUCGAUUGUUUUGCCAAAACUCGACUUGGUAGCGGUUCCUUUGUACAGUGCUACCAAAGCAUCUGACAGUUGGGGUUUGAUGUUCUUUAAGGAAAGUGAAAUAAGCAGUCCUUCAAUUUGGAAUACGGCUUAUGAACUAAUUUAUCAAUGGAUUGGUCAAUAUAUUACGCCAUUCCGUUGGAGUGAUGCACCAAUUAACAAAGCACUUAAUUCGUUCUUAGCUUCAAUGACCACCGUGAAUCUCAAUCCAGAUGAAAUGGAAGGAAAAUGGCCAAUGACUCUGUUAUAUUCUCUUUAUUACGAAUUUGGAAAAUUUGAACCUUUUUCCAGAGUUGGGGGAAUCAGGAAUGAAGCUACGUCAGCGAAAACGGAACUGGUAUUCCGGAUGUUCAAUUACACCCUUGGAGAGAAAUUAUUCCAGAAAGGCGUUAGAAAUUUCAUUCAACAGAAUUCAGAAGAGAACCUACGAACCUUUUUUGCAGAUGACAUUUACAGCCGAUUAAACGAUGUCGCGAAAGAAAUGAACAUUUUGCCAGAAGGUUUGACAGUGAACAGCAUUGCAGGUCCGUGGACCAAUCGAGAUAGGGUACCAUUAGUCACCGUGAUUCGCGAUUACGAAACACAAACUCUUACACUUAGCCAGAAAGUUUACCUCAGGGAAACUACGCGAGACUCCGCACCCAAAGUUUCUUAUGAAUGGGACAUACCGAUAGUGAUAAUGACCCAAGAAAAAUUAACAUUUCAAGAGCCUUGCCACCUGUGGUUGACGAAAGGAAAUUCAGCAAAAAAUCUCACUGUUCCAGAUAACACUAAUGAAAAUCAUUUUAUCAUUGUCAAUCCGGAGGAAAUAGGCAUGUUCCCGGUAAACUAUGAUUCCUGUAAUUGGAAAAUGCUAUCACAAUUUUUACAAAGUCCAAAUCGAGAAAAGAUUCCUGUUUUAACAAGAGCAAAACUUCUUCACGAUUCUUGGAAUUUAGCAUAUUCCGGAGAACUUUGUUUCGGAAUCGCGUUAAAUAUGACGCUCUUUUUGAAAGAAGAGAGGAGCCACGUUGUAUGGGAGCCAGUUUUUAUGAUGAUUGAUCACAUAGGUAGACGUAUCGAGGGAACUGAAGUAUAUCCUAAAUUCGAGGCAUACAUACGAACAUUGUUGAAGCCUUUGUACGAGGAACUUAAUAAAAAUAUUGAGACAAAUGAACCAUCUUGGAAAACUCAUAUGCGAGGAAUGACAAAAAAUUUUCUUUGUCGUGCUGGAUACGAACCAUGUGUUAAUGAAGCGCGGGAUCAAUACAAAAAAUGGUUGACUGAUAAGGAACCGGAUAAAGGAAAUCCAGUCGCUAAUGAAUUUAUUUGUCCGGUAUUCAAAUGGGGUACUGAAGAAGAAUGGGAAUUUGGACUUCAACGUGUUAUAAAUUUCCCUCAGAACAGUCCAGAAAGGAAACAAAAUGAACGAACUUAUCUUUUAAAAUCUUUAGCUGGUUGUCCAAAAGAUACGUAUAAAAUCGAAAGGUUGUUAAAUGUAACAAUUCUCAAUCAGAAUGGAAACUUUACUGAUUCAGACAUCCAAUUAAUUUUUGUUACAUUGAGUGGUGGUGCAGCUGGUUAUACAACCCUCUUCAACUUUUUAACAGAUAAUUGGGAUACUGUGAAAGAAAGAUUUGACGAUAAAAAACAUAUUUGGUACCGCAUAGUGGAAUCUGCAAUUUCCUCAUUUAGCAAUCAAAAAGGUUUAGAUAUAUUGCGUAAAUUGUAUGAAAGUCAUUCGGAUGAAUUCCCACCCGAUCUUAUGACACAAAAAUGUUGCAAAAUGGAAAUAAAAGAAUGGAGUGAAAAAAAUCUUCCAGUAAUUGAUGCUUGGCUUAUGGAAAAUCUGCCAAAAGAAGAAUUAGAAGGUAUUCAACCUUAUAUAGUCACUACUACUAUAGUUCCUAGCACGGAAUAAAUUAAAAAAGAAAGCUCAUAAUUGAAAAUUAAAUGAAAAUGUUUAAAUAUAAAUUUAGAAAUUGAAAAAAAAUUUUACAAUUUCUGAAAUAUUUAUAGUUAUAUAUUAUAUCAAUCAUUCAUUGCUUAGAAUUUAAAUAUAUAAAUAAAUUUUUGCAAAAAUAACUUUUAAAAAAAUUUUUAAAAAUAAAUUUCAAAUUAAUAAAUACUUGAAAUAAUCAAAUUAAUAAUUUGAAGAUGUAAUAAUAAUUUAAUUAUAGCUUAUAUUUUCUUUAUUUAUCAAAAAAAUAUAAAGCUUAUACAAAUGUACAAUUACUAUUAGAUAUGUAAUAUUUAAAUUUGAAUAAAUAAUGUAAUUAUAUCAACUAUUAUUGAUUUAAGAUCUAAAAAAUUAUUUAAAUAAUUUUUGUUUAAACUAUAUAAUACCGUUUGUAUCAAUUUAAUUAUCUGCUUAAUUAAAUAAAACUUUAACAAUAAUACAAUAAA